AUGAAGACUUCGCGCAGUAUUUCCUCUCUCACGGGAGCUGGCCUCGGAGGCGGCAGUGGUGCAAAUGCCACCGCGGCAUCGGCAAGAAGUAGAGGUACUACAAAAAAUAAAAGCGAUAGAGCGAGCCAGACGCUGAAAUCGAAAGGAAGCAGCAGCGAUGGAAAAAAGAACAAAAAGAAAGUACAGCACGGGUCGGCAGAUGCGGGGGAGCUGACGGCGGUAGUGGUCGUGCAACCAGAUAAGCACGAAGAUAGCAGUCGUGCAAAUAGCAGGACCAUGAAGAUGCGCGUUCUUGAUGAGAAGAGAGCGGGUCAUCUUCCUGCAGCGACGUCGGACCACCUGUCUAAUUCUAGUACUGCACGCACCAGUUCUUGCAAGAAGUGUUGUACAACUUCUCAACAGCUGGUCGCUGCACUCGCUCGUUUAUGCUGCACAGCUUGGCUCUUGUUUUCUCGGCUCUUGACCUCCAGAAACAAAGAUUGUGGACGGAGCAAAAAUUGUGCUGCUCGUGCUGUCGAAUGUAAAAAAACGAAAAAGCGUGCUGAACGUAGCACAAGUUGUGGCAGAAGUAGAGCUACACAUGAUCCUCAAAAAAUCGACGGCAAAAACGAUCUCCAAGGCUCUGACGACGAAGCCUCCGCAGCACAACUGUUGAACUCCAGCAACACGAAGCCGAGCUUUCUGAUGCUUUUUCAGAAAAUGAAGUACGUUAGGGCGGCGCAACAUCAAACGUCUAAUACCACGGAGAACAUGUUUCAUCGCAAGGGCCUCUCGGCGAACGACCGGCGCCAAAAUGUUCUCAUAUCAUGAGAAAAAAGUGUUACAGUUACACAUUUGUUGGAGUUUCUGCAUCACUGUGGCAGAGAAAACCUGUAAUGCGAAGAUCAUAAGGGCAAACAGGAAGGAAAUGAGGCUCCCAAGCGUUUCCUGCAUGAGAAAGGUUGUCUGUGUUGCCGUUGUUGCAACGCAAUGUGUAACUGUAACACUUUUUUCUUCCCAUAUCUCACGAAAAUUCGCCAGUACGUGAGCGAUAAGAACCGGCAGGUCGUCGAUUUCUUCCGAUCAAAAAACACGGAGAGCCAGGUAUCGUAUUUCAAAACGUCCCCACCCCAGAGUUGUAAUGCAAAUCUGCAUGUUCAGAAUGAAUGUUUCUCAUGCGGAGCCCCAUGAGAAGCAUUUUCUAGUCGUGUUUUGCAAUUUCUUGUCAUGCUCCAAUCUGCAUGAUAUACUAGAUCUGUGAUGCUGCUGAGCUAGCUCAAACAGCACUACGCUACGAGUCCAAAUUUGUCAUGCAAAACAGCCAAAGCUUGUGGAUUUGUCUAGCCGAUUCGCCAUCUUGACUAUGGGGCGGGGACGUUUUUACAUAGGAUACCAGGAGGUGGAGGACGGGACUUCCUACUCGUUCAAGAUCCUCAUCAUCAAGCCGAUCAACCACACGGCCAUGGUUUUCCUGUUGUGGCAGGCCCUGAUGAUCGCCGGUUACGGUUCCGGAGCCGCCCUCUGGGUGUUCGACCGAGCGGACUGUAGUCGUGGCCGGCUGGAUGAGGCGGGGGUGGAACAACCAAGUGGUACAAGUGGAGCUACCACUUCCACCGAGGAACAGCACCCGGAAUACGAGGUGCCGCUCUGGUUCGGUGUGCUGUACAGCGUGUUUGUGAUUCUGCCGGUGUCUACCAAAUACAAAUAUCAAUAUGUCUGGGUCUGGAGGAGUGCAAGACUUGUUCCUAUGGGCGACGUUUUGCAUGAUCCAUAAUUAUGUCAGCGAUGUAUGCCUUAGCAUCGCAGAUUUUUAGAGGGCUGCUUGGAGUCUAUAUUCCGCAUCGAUGAGAAUAAACUCCCCCUCCGCGUAGCACAAACAAACUGGCCUCUUCUCGUGAUGCUGGCCAUGCAACACAAAUUCUUUUGGAUUCCGAAGGCAGCAUCGCAAGUUGCAACCAUGUUCCAGACCCAGACAUACUUGCAAUGCAUAGUUUCGCUCUACGUCAGUCUCGUGGUCAACGCUGUGUUCCUCGCUCUGAUCUUCAGCUGGCUGCUCAGGGAGCGGAUUAUCACCUGAAAAUCAAAAUUAAUCUCCAUUGUUCCUAUCUUCCAAAAAUUUAUCACACAAUACAUGGAGUAGGGCUUUUGUCAUGCAAAAAAAAGUAGAUGGGGUUGGGGACGACGAUGGUCGGUUUUCAGGGAAUGCGGAUCUUUGAGCAGUUGGGGCAGCUCCGACUGCUGGGACAGAUAGUGGGCAGCACAGAUUUCGGGCGUGUUUCCUCGUCUUUCGGAACUUCUUGUUCUUCCGUAUCAAAUGUAAAAAUGUCUGGGUCUGGAAGAAUCCGAACUUGUGAUGCUGCAUUUGGAUAGUAAAAAAAUCUGUAUUGCAUGACCAGCAAAGGGAAUGCAUUUUUGGCUACGCGGAGAGGGCAUUUGUCAUGCGGAAUAGGUAUCACGAAGCCCUCAAGAAGUCUGUGAUGCUAGGGCAUGCAUCACAGACAUCAUGGCCCAUGCAAAACGUGCAUGACAAGUUUCAGAAUCUUCCAUACCCAGACAUUUUUGCAUUUGAUAUUCCGGGGUUGGGAACAUCAACAUGGCGAUACAGCAACCGAGCACAGCGAGGCCGCCCGCCCUCGUUCCACAACAUCCAGGCUGUUCUUCAACGGAUUUUAUCCUAUGUAAAAACGUCCCCACCCCAUGCCCACAUAGAUUAUGCUUCUCUUCUCGUCGUAGUUCGUUCUCCCCUCUUUUUCAUCUGAAAAUUUGAAGUUUCUCUGUGCUUUAAUUUGGUCUUUCCAGUACAUAAACACCCCAUGCCCACAGUCAACAUGGGGAAUCGGCUAGACAAAUCCACAAGGUUUGGCUCUUUCGCAUGACAAAAUUGGAAUCGUAGUGUAGUACUGUUUUAGGUAGUUCAGCAGCAUCACGCAUCCAGAUACCAUGCUGAUUGGAGCAUGACAAAUUUCAAAACGUGAAUAGAAAAUGCUUCUCAUGGGGCUCCGCAUGAGAAACAUUCUCAGCAUGCAGAUUUGCAUAUGCAACUAUGAGGUGGGGAUGUUUUUAAAUGCGAUAGAUUUCGGGCGUGUUUCCUCGUCUUUCGGAACUACUUGUUCUUCCGUAUCAAAUGUAAAAAUGUCUGGGUCUGGAAGAAUCCGAACUUGUGAUGCUGCAUUUGGAUAGUAAAAAAAUCUGUAUUGCAUGACCAGCAAAGGGAAUGCAUUUUUGGCUACGCGGAGAGGGCAUUUGUCAUGCGGAAUAGGUAUCGCGAAGCCCUCAAGAAGUCUGUGAUGCUAGGGCAUGCAUCACAGACAUCAUGGCCCAUGCAAAACGUGCAUGACAAGUUUCAGAAUCUUCCAUACCCAGACAUUUUUGCAUUUGAUAUUCCGGGGUUGGGAACAUCAACAUGGCGAUACAGCAGCCGAUCACAGCGAGGCCGCCCGCCCUCGUUCCACAACAUCCAGGCUGUUCUUCGACUCCUAGGGACUGUUCUUCUCCGUGGGAAGUUUGUGUGCCGUUGCAGACUUUCCCUUUACAGAGUUAUGAGCCCAAAACAUAAGUAGAACUAGAAGUAGCGCCGUCAUACAUAAGUAGAGUAGCAUCAGUAGGCUAGAACUAUGAAGGGCACUCGCAACCAAGGCGACGAAGCAGUAACAGUCACAGCCAGUAGUAGGCUGACAGGCAAGCAGCAACAGGAAAGCGGGCGACGUAGGCAGCCCGAAGCGAGAAGAAUAGCGAGCGGUCGGAACGGCUAGGAAACGAAGGAAGAGCUGCUGCGAUCGUUCGCACAGCUAGGCAAGCAGCAGGCCCAGUAGAGUAUGAAUGAUUUGGAUUUUGAAACUAGAACUAGCAGGAAGAACCUACCCAACACCGGUAGCAAGAUGCAAAGCACUCGAACCCGUAGACCUGCGCAUCUGGAAUCCUUAGGGGAAUCAGAUCGCGACCUGGCUACUUCAGUGCAAAGCUUUAGCGCUUCAGCAUCUACAGAGCAAGAAAAGCACUCACCUGACAAACUUCGAAGAUUCCAGCCUUUUCAUUCGAUCGCAAGAUCGGGCAAUAACAAAAGGGACAGGUGGAGGAUUUGAAUUUGUUCGAGUUGCUAACGACCCAGGCGCGACCUGCGGCAAGGAAGGAAGCUAGUCGGCCAGACAGCACAGCACAGAGGACCACUAGGGUCGUGGAUUCGUUCCACCAGCGCGAUAGAGAACUUCGACACCAGGCACAGGGCAAAAAUCGCACCCGUGCACAGAUUCGAAUACGUGGCAGAACAGAGGACGGGCCCACGAGCCGUCGGCGCCAGCUUGCGAGCGGUCGGCAUGUCGCCACAGGAACGGACAGGCUACGAGCCGUCGGCGCCAGCCUGCGGGCGGUCGACAAGUCAACACAGAGAGGAAGAGGCUACCUUCGAGGUUUGGCCAGGCUGCUCAAAGGCCCGAGCAUGCCACACAGCACACAGAUAGAUAGAUACGAGGUCGAAGGAUGUAAGACGUCCCAGGACGGUGCGUGGACGCAUUCAAAUAGAAAAAGCGCAGCUGUGACCGACUUAGCAAGUUGCUCUAUGAAUGGUUUUCGAUGCCUCGAAUUCCGCAAGAAGAUCCCGCCCGAGCGCGUGGCCAGAUCUGUUGCUUCGUGCACUGACAAGAUUCCUGCUUUGGCAGCGAAUUCAUUUUGACGAUUUAGGUUCUGACUCGAUUCCCAAUCGCGUCCCCAUUCCAAAAAGUAUAUCUGUUUUGAAAAAGAAAAACCCACUAGGCACAGACACAGGAAACUCAGUCACCGUUUCAGGGGGUGAAGUGCAGACCAAACCUGCAGUAGGUGAAACGGCGCCAGAGUUUCGGCGUCCGGAACGGGUAGAACCCAAAGCCCCACGAGAAAAGCAAGAACAGGCGGCCAGUAGCGGCUGCAGAGGAUUCCCCGACCGGGGGGAGAAGAAAGACGACGAUGAAGAAAGACGGAUGUUUGUAGAUUUAGUUGUAGAGACGAGAACGCACUAUGGCUACGCAGCAAGACAGAUUUACAGUUUUGAAACUUUGGACUUUGGAGUGAGGGGGUGUAUGACGGAUAAGUUUGUAAUGCACCCACAGCCUCACAGAGUACAAACUUGAUCCACUCCAAUAGUCCAAAGAUCUAGAUAGCCUAAGGACAUGAAGACAGAUAGAGAUCCUUAGUGUUGUAGUACCAUGAAGACAGUCCACAGGGCUAGGAAGACACUGAGCCAACAUGAUGAACACAUAUACACCCAGGGCCCUUGAGCUAGGACAGACUUACAGCAUAGCAGUACUAGACUUAGUCAUGGCACUGUAGAUGUGCAUAGUUGUUCUACCAUCGUAGUGUAGUUUGUAUUGCGUACUCCGUGGGAAGUUUGUGUGCCGUUGCAGACUUUCCCUUUACACAGCGAGGCCGCCCGCCCUCGUUCCACAACAUCCAGGCUGUUCUUCGACUCCUACUGGUGUUGUCGCAAAGAACCACCAUCCGAUCUCGUCCACGCCACUAGCUUACAAUUCUUUUCCUCCAGGAACCGGCGCAACGUCUUGUGCCGCCGAAACGGCGCAGCUGGUCGCGCAACACGUCGAGUACCGCCCCCCGUCUAGCAGUAGUACAACAAGCAUGAUGGCAGCGACCCCU